AUGGGUGAUGUUGCCCAGAAUUUUUCUGAGGCUAAAGAGAAGUAUCAAGCUGCCCAGGUCUCUCUGCAGGGUGAUCCACAUUCGCUAAGACUUCAAAAAAUCGAAGCUGAUGCUGGUGAAUCUCUAGCUUAUCAUGCUAAAAUUUAUGAGAGUUUCUUGAGACAGAAAAGUAAAGUGGACUGGUUGCGGUUUGGGGACGACAACACGGCGUAUUUUCACACUUGUUUAAAGCAAAGGAAAGCCUCUAAUUGUAUCACUUCUGUAGUUAAUGAAUCCGGUCAGAGUAUUGAGAAUUUUGAUGCUGUAGUUGAUCAUUUUGUGAAUCAUUUCAAGAGAAUUAUGGGAAGCAAGAGCAUGGCCUCUAGCACUAUUCAGAAGUCCUGUUUUGAGCUUGGUCACCAGCUGACCUUGGAUCAGCAAGUUAGCUUAGUUAAGCCUUUUUCUACUAAGAAAGUUAAAGAAGCUUUUUUCGGCAUUAACUCGAUUAAAAAGGAAAUCAACAAAGCUACUAUUUCCUUAGUCCCUAAAAUUGAGACUCCCUCCAGCGCAGCGGAUUAUCGUCCUAUUGCUUGCUGUAAUUCUAUUUACAAGUGCAUUUCUAAGAUGCUUUGUAGUAGAUUGGCUUUGGAUAUUAUAAAAGGCUAUAAGAGGAAAAACAUUUUCCCUAGAUGUGUUUUGAAGAUUGAUUUGAGCAAAGCCUAUGAUAUGUUAGAUUGGAACUUCUUAGAGGAUAUUCUCAAUGAGUUUCGGUUUCCGGCUAAAUUCAUCAAAUGGGUCAUGGCUUGCUUGAAAGAUCCAACCUAUCUUCUCCUUAUGAAUGGAAAGGUUCAAGGGGAAUUUAGAGGUCGGAAGGGGCUUAGACAAGGGGACCCUAUCUCUUCGUUAUUAUUUGUCUUAGCCAUGGAGUACUGUACCCGCUUAUUUCAGCAAGCAUCAAUGAACAAGGGGUAUCGGUUUCAUCCUAAGUGCAAACACCUCAAGAUCGUUAAUCUUUGCUUCGCAGAUGACUUGGAUAAAUCCCAGGUUUACUUUGGUGGUGUGGCUGAAGAUGAGGCUCAAAAAUUGCUUGAGGGGCUCCAUUUCACUGAAGGUCAUUUUCCCCUAAAAUACUUGGGAGUGCCUCUUCGAACAACAAGAUGGAAGGCUGGUGACUGUUCUCUUAUUAUCAAAAAGAUUCAGUCCAAAUUACAUACUUGGGCGAGUCGGCACCUUUCUUUUGCGGGGAGGGCGCAACUGAUCAAUUCAGUGCUUCUGAGUAUAAGAACUUUUUGGAUGAGCAUUUUUAUCCUUCCUAAGAGUGUAACCAAGGAGGUUGAUCGGUUAUGUAGGAACUUCCUUUGGGGAGUUAAGGAUGGUAAUUUUCAGCGGAGUAAAUUGCAUUUUACUGCCUGGGAUCAGGUUUGUUUGCCUAAGUGUAUGGGUGGUCUUGGCUUCAAGGAUAGUAAUACUUGGAACUUAGUACUUUUGGCCAAAUAUGUUUGGGCAGUUUCUUCUAAGCAUGAUAUUUUGUGGGUUAAGUGGGUGGAUUCUAUCUACUUAAAGGGGCAUAAUUUCUGGCAUUAUAGAGUCCCUCAAGAUGUGAGCUGGUAUUGGAAGAGAUUAUUAAAACUUAGAGAUAUUUUCCCUGGUUGCAGACUUGAUGAGGCAGUCCAUCUCGGCAAGCUUAGCCUGAAAUUUCUGUACCACAGGCUCAUCAACAAAGACAGAGUUGCCUAUGCGAAUGUGGUGUGGAACUCCUUGACGGUGCCUAAGUGA